AUGUGGAAUAGGGACAAAANUACGGAACGAGUCCUUGCGGCUUGUUACAAGGCUCUUAGUGAUCAUCAUGUGAUCUUGGAAGGAACACUCUUGAAACCAAACAUGGUUACUCCAGGUUCUGACAGUGGCUCCAAGGUUAAACCUGAAGUGAUCGCCGCGCACACGGUUCGUGCUUUACAACGGACGGUUCCUGCAGCGGUUCCGGCUGUUGUGUUCUUGUCUGGAGGACAGAGUGAGGAAGAAGCAACUGUGAAUUUAAACGCUAUUAAUCAGCUCAAAGGUAAGAAACCAUGGAGCUUGACGUUUUCAUAUGGACGUGCGCUUCAACAGAGUACACUCAAGGCUUGGGGAGGUAAAGAAGAGAAUGUGGACAAGGCUCAAAAGGCGUUCUUGGCUCGAGCUAAGGCUAACUCUGAAGCAACCCUUGGUGCCUACAAGGGUGACGCUCAGCUAGGUGAUGGUGCUUCCGAGAGCCUUCACGUCAAAGACUACAAAUACUAAAUGGUCAUUUACGGAAUUUUUGGAAAUUUUGGUUUUAUUGUUCUAGUUUGUAAAGUAUUUAUGAUAAAACCCUUCUCGUUGGGGAGUGGUUGUAAUUAUUCAAAAAAGGAUGUUACCAUAUGUCUACAGACGUAUUAUGUUCUGUUAAAUUUUUUUGCCCAAUUAUUAAAUUUGUAACGAAAAAAAAGAAGGAAAGAUUAUAGUAGAUGUCACUAAAAGUUGUGGGUUUUGUGGCUACUAGU